CCAGCAGUGCGGAUCUCGGAGCUUAAGCAGUGAGAAUGAGCGGCCUGAAGGAACUGUGCGAGCUGGUGUCCGGGUUGAGCUUCCUGGACCCUGAUGAACUGAGUGCCUUUCAAGCCAAACUGGACUCCCGAGCGGUCAAGCCUCCGGCCGGAUUCCGCAGACACUCGACUAGCUUCCUGCCGCCAGGCAAAUGCCAAGCCCUGGCCCCGGGCGACAGCUCCUGGCCCCUGGCCCAAUCGUUGGGUCUGAGCCGCUGUUUGAGCCACGGAGACUCGCCGGAGGAUUUCAGCAAACCUGCCGUGCAGCAGCAGCAGCAGCAGCAGCAGCCAAGCCCCCGCUACAAGACCGAGCUGUGCCGGCCCUUCCAGGAGAGUGGGCUCUGCCGCUAUGGGGACAAGUGCCAGUUCGCCCACGGCCUGGGGGAGCUGCGGAUCCUCAGCCGUCACCCCAAGUACAAGACCGAGCUGUGCCGCACCUUCCACUCCACCGGCCUCUGCCCCUAUGGCUCCCGCUGCCACUUCAUCCACAACCCGGAGGAGGAGUGGGCUUCGCGCCUGCCGCUGUCAGCCCGCCCCCGCCUCCGGCAAAGCACCAGCUUCUCGGGCUUCUCUUCUGACCGCCUGGGGGGGCUCUGCCCUGGCUCGGGGGGUCCCCUGUCCCUCUCCCCACCACCCUGCACCGACCUGCCUGACUGGGACUCGCUGCGAUCGGCUGUCAGCCAGGAGUUUGCCCGGGUCAUGAAGCUGACCUGCUGCAGCUGCCACAAGCACUUAAACCCUGUCUCCAAACCUCAGGCAGACUUGUCCUUCAGGAGCCCCUACGCAGACUCUCUCUCUGACCAGGAGGAUUACAGCAGCAGUGGCUCCGAGUCUCCCGUCUUUGACCAGAACAGACGCCUCCCCAUCUUCAGCAGAAUCUCGGUAUCUGACGACUGAAAUGUGCCUGGGAACAAUUUAUUUUUCUGUUUUAUCUUUUAAUUCUCCAUAAACUCUGGGGCGGGGGCACUGCCUUUCCCCAAUUUCUCCCUUUACCUUUCAAGCCAAGAAUUGUGGAUUGAUCUUAAGUUGUCUUUGAAGGGGUCCUUGAAUUUAUUCAAGGCAGGGUUAGACAGAUUUUUGAUACACAACGGAGUUGAGGGUUACGUUGGAGGGGGGGUGGGGGGGGGCAGACAAGAAAGUGGAGCUGAGACCAGAAACAGAUAAGCCAUGAUCAUAUUGAAUGGUGGAGCAGACGCAAAGGGCUGAAUGUUCUGCUGACUACCAUCGGCUGGUGAAGAGGGUGGAGGGUCUGGAUAUCUACAGUUGGAAGUUGUAGCAAAAACUGUGAAUCACUUUUUAAAAAUGCACAGAUUCGAAAUUGUCUUGUGAUCUGAGCUGCAAUCUGUCAGGGAACAAAGUGUUUUCAACACCCCAUUUUAAAUAUUAUGUAUUAAUCUACUUGUACCAAGUAUUUCGUACAAACUUUCUGAGCUGUUUACUGCACAAUAUAGAUUUUAUUUAAAUUAUUUAUUGAAGAUUUUUGGAAUGUUUGUAUAUUUAAUGAUAUAGCAAUCUAUAUAUUUUGUUAGAUAAUUUAUGAUCUUUUUAAAAAGAAAUAAACGACAGGCUCUGACCUUUAUAUCUGUUUAAAAUGCUAUCUGAUCCCUCUUUAUUUCACUUGUGAAAUAAAAGGCUCUGGUGCCUCUAGUUUUGGAA